AUGCAAAUGGAUUUUCUUAUUCAUGGUUGGACUGAACACGCAUCGGUUCAAUGGUAUACAAACGUAAUUAAUGCUUAUUUAAAACGUGGAUAUUAUAAUAUAAUAGCUGUCGAUUGGUCUUCAAAAGGUGAUGCUGAUUAUUUAUCGGCUUCAAGAUACACUAGAGGAAUAGGAGAAAAAAUUGGGAUAUUCUUAGUAAAGUUACACAAAAGAAAAGGAAUUCCGUUAAAGAAUAUCCAUUUGUUAUCGCAUUCUCUAGGUGCUCAUGUUUGCGGAUUCGUAGGAAAAAAAAUUUAUGAAUUAACCGGUGACAAAAUCGGGAGAAUAACCGCGAUGGAUCCUGCAGCACCUUUAUUUGAAAUUACACAAGAUAUGAGAUUAUCAAAAGAAAAUGCAAAAUUUGUUGAUGUGAUUCAUACGGAUGGUGGAAUGUUAGGAUUUAGACAUCCAAUAGGAACAGUAGACUUUUUUCCAAAUGGUGGAUCAGCAAUUCAACCUGGAUGUUCUUUAUUAAAAGCCGAUCUCCACUAUGAUGAUUGUAUGGUAAUGGGAUGA